UGCACUACCUACCUCCUCCUUGGUGAUGUCACACCAGGAAGUUGCCUGCUGUAUCUUCCAGGGGGUGUGGAGAGCAGGUGCUGGUGAUCUACAGGCAAUCAGAUACUUUCCCUAAAGCUCCUGGCAUAUUUUCCAGAGGAGAAGUAAACCUGUAUCAGUGUGAGGACAUGAGUAACCAGGCUGACUACUAUCUUGAAUCUCUUAUUACAGAGGCAUUUAAAGGGAAAGGAUUUCAGAAAAUCACUGAAAUAGUUGAAGAGAAGAUUUCUUGCUCUUUUCAGCGACACGGAAAAGCACUCUUAAAUGUGUUGGACAGGCUAAUUAAUAAAGAACUGGAUCGUAAUGAGUUUAAGCAUGUGACCUUGCUGAUGAAAUGUGUUCAGCAUUUCUGCAAACAUGAAAGCCAGGAAGAUUUCUCCUUAAUUCAGCAGGGGCUGGUCUCCAAGAUGGUCCUUUGGUUUGAGAGAACUUUGGAGUUUUUGAAGAUAUGGGAUGAGACUAGCUUGUUGGUUCCUGAACUUGUGGAAGAAUUUUACGACACUGCUGUGGUGAUUUGCAGAAGUAACAACAGAGAUGGUGUAAAGCAGUUACUGGAUUCCUUUUUGUUUCAUCUUGGAUAUAUAAUAGCAGAAAAGUGGCCUGCGUUUAAUAUUCAGUUGGAGGCAAUAAAGACUUUUAACCACAUUCUGGAUCAUAUUUCACGGGAAGAUAAGAAGUCGCUUCAAUCCUCUGAAGAGAUGAGCACUCUGCUGAAAAUCAUGGCAGGAAAAUUGUUUGACGUUGGGGACUAUGAUGGUCAGGUUGCCAUUUCUGAAGCCUUAUGUAGAAUGACGCCUAGAAAAAUGAGGGAGAAUCUUGUUCGUCACUGGUUUGAUGACCUCUUUUUUGCAAAUGCCUUUCUUGAUAUAAAUGACAAAGACUUUGAAACGGACUGCAGAAUCUUUUUGAAUUGCCUUAAUUUAAGGUCACAGGAUGCAAUAAGAGUAUACACCUAUCCAUGUGUUGAUGCUUUUGCUGACACAGAAAAGUUGACUAGGCCUCAGGAUAGUAAACUUGAACACUUUUGGAUUGAUUUCAACAUUGGAAGUAAUAGCAUUUCAUUUUACAUACAAAACCCAAAGGGAGUCCUUUGGGAUUCAGUCAGAUUAUCGAAAGGUUCUAUAGCUGGUUACAACCUGCAAGAAGUAUGCAAGCAAAAACAAUUGGAAAUAUACCCCAAAACACAUAUUGUAAUUAAUACCAAGGAGACAAAGCAUGUGAGGAUUUAUUUUGAAAAUGAGCAUGACAUUGAAAGUGCUGUUGUUAAAACCUAUGGGGAGGAAAUGAAAAUGGUAAUCAGAAAUCAAGAUACUAAUAAUGAAAGUACAAGUCAAGCAACUUCUCCAACUUCUAUUGGGACCUUUGUAGAAUCAAAUCACCAGCUUUGGCAAAAGGGUCAGUCAAAGUCUUGCAAAACUGAGGAAGCAUCUUCUGAGGAGCUGCCUUGUCAGUCUAAUGAGUGUCCACCUUCUGAAGUAAACACAAACUCUACUGGAAAAGAUUCUGGUUCUAUUAAACCACAAGAAGCAUUGAAAGAUUUCAAUGAAGUUGAUGAACCCAGCAAUCCGAAAAAAACGCCGCUCAUCGUAUGCAGAGAUGUUAGGGUGGUUUUGUCACCUGUCUUGAAGAGGAUUAUGGAUCAUACACCUAAGGAUGUAAAAGCAACAUGUUCAGAAACAAAAGGAUCUACACCAAAGAAGCAGCAUGCAGAAAAAUCUCUGAGUAAAUUUGAAUUUCCAAGUUCAUCGCAGUCCGGGACAGACAUUGAGCUGGUAAUGGGGACGGUUGAAAGCCCAGAGUCUUCUACUAAAAGGACACUGGAACUUACACCCUCAAGGCCAAUAACAAGAGCAUCUCUCACUGACCAAAAAAAGCCAAAGAGUGGUAAGAGAGGAAAUGUUGUUUCUUCUGCAAGCGCGGCUGAAAGUGAAAAGAGCUGGAUUUUGGAACAUAAGAAAUCUGCAGAUUAUAGCCGCAAAAAGAAAAAACCAAAGAGUAAACUGAAAGUGCUGCCAUUAUCUUCUGAAAGUAGCAAUGAAGACAUAUUGAAAAAAAUGCCCAGAUCUUCUUCAUUUACAGUUCUAAAACAGACCAGAACAGGAAAGGGUAGGGCAGAGAGCCUCUCAUUCUCUGAUGUAAACCUGUCAGGGGUUUCAGGCCUCCUAACUCCUGGAAAUACCACACGGCAAUCAAGUGCACUUACUAUUUCGGAUGUGGAUGACAAAGACAUAAUGGAUCCAGUACAGGAAAUGUCGUCACCAGAAUUGGUACCACUGGCAAAGAAUUCAGUAAAAGAGGAUUUCCAGAGGGGCUUUUCCAGCACAAAUGUAAGCAAAGCAGUAGCUGAAGAUGAUACAGAACCACAACAGAAGAGGAAAAGGUUGAACAGUGAGGAAAUUGCAUUAAUGUUUCAACCUCGCAAACUCUUUGGGUCAUGUGAAAAUAACUCAGUAAAAUCAGAAGCAGCUCUGUCAAGUUCCCAUGCUGAAGACAUCGCAGAAUGCAGCUUUAUUUCUUCUUUUGAGGGCUUCACUAAACAGCUUCAAAAUAAAAUGAUGUGUACAUAUAAAAAUAUGGAAAUUCAGGCUCAAGACAUGCUGACAGCGUCCCACCUGCAUGUGUCAAACCUGAUUAGCCAAAUACAAGAGUGCAAAACUCGUAAGCUGAACCGCUUUCAUGAGAUUGUAGUGCAAGAACUUUCUACACUUGAGGCUGACACACAGGCUUUAAGAGAGCUGGAGAAAGAGACAUUGGAAAUUUGGGAGAACCAAACUUUGAAAGUUAAACAGUUUUGUGUAAAUCAAUCAAAAAGACUUGAAGCAGUGCUUGGGGAGACCAACAGCCUUCUUACAAAGAAUGAUGACCAAUUGAAAGACGUCACAGAAAGUUCAGAGAAGCCUACGAAUAAUUGAACUACUUUCAGCUGUAAACUACUGCCUGUUUGUUUUUCAUGUUGGUAAUGUUUUUGUUUCAUGUUUGUGAUGUUUCAGUUUAUAAGCGUAAAACAGAAUUUUGACAUCUUCGUCAUCAAAACGUGUUGUCCUUAAUGUAUAUAAAAGAUUGUGGAUGUAACUAACAUUUGGAAUAAAUACAUUUUGGCAACAAGUCA